CUGGUCAACAAGACAAAGCAAGGAUUAUCGGAAAGGAUAUUUGGAUCAUUUUUGAGGAUGUGUUUUUAGAUAUUUUCGCAUUAAAAAUGUAAAAAUUUGUAGUGUAAAUAUUUAAAGGUGGGAUAUUAGCCUCUUUUAGAGAGUGAUUUCUAGCCUCUCACUUCACAUUCUGGAACACGCUGCCUCACUACAAUUCUGCAGUCGUCAGCUCUUACAUAUAUAUUACCUUAACCUUUUUCUUUUUUUCCCUUUACCUGGUGCCAAUAAUUUAUCCAAUCUGGGGUGACUAAAUUGGGACUAAUCAGAGAAGUAAAAUGGAACCCAAAACUCAUUUCUUUAUCGUCUUCUUAGUCUUCUUUGUAUCACCUGCUGUAAUUGCAGACCAUGGAAGCUCCUACAACAAUCCGAGUAGCAUAGUUUUCACCACUUUGGGAAGAUCAAGCUAUUGUUUCGACAUCUACUCUCUCCCGCUUGGGGCUUCCUCACUCAUCAGUAGCUCUAACGAACUUCGGCUCACUGAUGGAAAUUCCGUUAAUUUUAACGGCUUCUUCCCGUCAGCCUCAUCGGUUGACCUGCUCUUUCCACCGCCGGAUGAUUCGAUUGCUGCUCCCUAUGCCCCGCUUCACCUCAUCUACGUCACUGAACGGAAUGGUUCCUCGCGUAUCUUCCUGGACUCGCUUUACCAUCACCGCACUGGAUCAAGAUCAAUUCUCGAAGCGGAGGGUGAUUUUACUCGUUUCCAGGUUCCCCUCGUCGGUUUGGAGCAAUCCGAUGGGCGAGUUCCCAUGAAGGAUAAGCCGACGCUGGUGGGUGAGCAUCUGAUUUACGUGUCGACUCAUGAGAACUCGGGCGUGCCCCGAACGAGUUGGGCCGCUGUGUACUCGACCCACUUGAAGACCGGGUUGACAAGGAGGUUGACUCCGUAUGGGGUGGCGGAUUUCAGCCCCGCCGUUUCGCCGUCGGGAAUUUGGACUGCGGUGGCGUCUGAGGGGAAGAGAGGAUGGGAAGGCGAAGUACAGGAACUCCACACGGAUAUCUAUGUCUUCCUGACUCGGGAUGGCUCGCAACGAGUUAAAGUGGUCGAGCACGGCGGCUGGCCGAGCUGGGCUGAUGAUUCUACCUUUUACUUCCACCGGAGGUGUGAGGACGGAUGGUGGAGCGUGUUCAGAGCGGUUCUUCCGAAGAGCGGUGGUUUGAGCGCCGACUCGGUGGUGAUUCAGCGCGUCACCCCGCCGGGCCUUCACGCGUUCACACCUGCAGCCUCCGUCGCUGAUGGCAGCUUCAUAGCCGUCGCAACCAGAAGGCCGGGUUCGGAUUUCCGUCACAUCGAGCUGUACGACGUCUUAUCCGGCAGAUUCACCCCACUGACCCAGCAUAUCUCUCCCAACGCCCACCACUUAAACCCGUUUAUCUCGGCGGAUUCCAUCCGGAUCGGGUAUCACAGAUGCAGGGGAUCCGACAUUGGCGGUACGAAGAACCUGUUACUUGAGAAUCUCGAGAACCCUUUCGCUGAAGAGGUCUCUCUUUUCCGAUUAGACGGAUCAUUCCCUUCAUUCUCACCGGGGGGAGACAGAAUUGCCUUUGUGGACUUCACGGGGGUAUUCGUGGUGAACAGCGAUGGGUCGGGUUAUCGAGAGGUUUUAUCACAACCGGCUUUUACAACAGCGUGGGAUUGGAAAAGAAAAGGCGUGGUUUACACCAGCACGGGGCCCACGUUUGCCAGCGAAAGCACGGAGGUGGAUAUCAUCUCCAUCAACGUUGAUGACGAGAAUUUGAGCUUCAAAAAGUUAACUGAAAAUGGCGAAAACAAUGCAUUUCCUUCACCCUCACCCGACGGGAAAUGGGUAGUCUUCCGGUCGGGUCGAUCCGGACACAAGAACUUGUACAUAAUGGAUGCCCUGGAAGGAGAAUCGGGUGGGCUUUAUCAGUUAACGGAGGGUCCAUGGAGCGACACCAUGGCGAACUGGUCCCCGGACGGGGAAUGGAUCGCCUUCGCAUCCGACCGUGAAAAUCCAGGCUCCGGUAGCUUCGAAUUGUUUAUGGUGCAUCCAAACGGAACGGGGCUCCGGAAGUUGAUCCAAAGGGGGUCAGGCGGCCGGACAAACCACCCAUGGUUCAGCCCAGAUGGUAAGUAUAUCGUUUUCACGUCGGACUACGCCGGAGUAUCUGCAGAACCGAUAUCGAAUCCUCAUCAUUACCAGCCCUACGGUGAAAUAUUCGUGAUCAAAUCAGAUGGUUCCGGGAUACGCAGAUUAACCCAUAAUUCCUAUGAAGAUGGAACUCCUACAUGGGGACCUAAAUUCUUGAGGUUUGGUGAUGUUGAGUGGCCUAAUAGAGGAACACAAUGUGAUUUUGAGGAUUGCCAUUGGCUUAAUAUAAGAAGUCCCAGAAUUGUUAAAUAUGGUGAUGAUCACACUUCAAGCUCUUUUCCCUCUAAGGAUGAUAAGCUUCAGUGUCCUCACUGAAUUGCUGAUGCUUGUUCUUCAUGUUUAGAUAAUGUACACAGUAAGUGGUAGUAACUAAUAACCCUCUGCUGUUUUUUUUCUUUUUUGUUUUUUUUUUUUUGAAAAUGCCCCUCUCCUGUUUUAUCAGGUAUGCUCUUGUAAAUUUUCUGCAUUUUCUACAAUAAAUUAAUGAUACUUUAUCUAUCUCAACUUAUGUGUACCAUUUUUAAUACAAUUUAUAACUACUUGUUGGAAUGUUGGAUCGAACGCGCUUCGCGCACUCCUAUAUUGUAUGUGAUAGGUAUCGACAUUUAAAGAGAAUGAAUAGUAACCUUUAUAUUGAGAACAAAGAAGUUGAUGGUUUAAUGAAUCAAUGGAACCCUUUAUUAAAAAACAAUUAGUGAACUUAUCAACUCUUCUUCUAAUUUAG